AUGCAGAAAAUCCAUAACGUGAAACCAGCAAUUUUUAUUAGCAAAGGGUCAUUAAUAUUCUCCAACACAGUUAAGCAAGGCAGUUACCUAAUCUCGUUUAAUAACAAAAAUUUCGUGAACGGAUACAAACAAACAAACUCCUCUUUAUCCUUCCUCUCCUCUUCAUUCGGGCCGGGCUUCUUCUUCCUAGCCCGCUUCCUCCUCACCUUCUUCUCCUCCUCCUCCUCCUCCUGGCCCGACCUUAUUUCCCCACCCGGCCCAUCCCCAAAUUCCUCGCGAUCGCUGAAAAGGGUGUCCCAUUUUGUCGAGCCCGAGGGCAAGAUCUCGAGGAGCAGCAAACGGGCCAAAUUUUCCGGGCCGGGCUCGCAUCCCUUUUCUCGUUUCUGUUGUGGGUCUGCCUUCCCAUCGUCGUUCAAGGCUAAAGACUCGAUUUUUACGGGGCUGCGCUGCUCUUCGCCGCCACUGACGCGGCUAGAACUCUUCCAAAUCGCGCAGAGAGUGAAAAUCAGAACCGAAAAAGUGAGGAACAUCAAGAAAGGGAAAGGGCUCAGCAAUAGAAGGCUGAGGUGGCGGUGGAUUGUCAGAAGGGAGAGUGAUAAGAAGAACAACUGGUGUGGCCGCCAUGGGAAGAAAGGAGAGCGGUUGUUUCUCCUUAACUUUCCCCCUGAAGAAAUUAAUUAA